AUGAAUUACAUCAGUAAAGGUGCACAUCGGGUGAUGCAGGCAUUUAAAUCCCAAACUGUUGAAGUCAACCGAUCUCUUCAUGGAUUGGGCUCAACAUGUGUCAUGGGUCAGCUGAAGAGCUCUAAAUCCCAUGCAUUGUGGAUCAGCCCACAGCCGUCUCAUUUUUAUUUGCCAAGUUUACCUCGGCUUUUCAUUGCCGGUCAUCAUGCAGUUUACUGGGCCGGGUCCAUCACCUACCAAGAAGCCGAGCACGGUGACAUGAGCUUUGAAUCCCAUGCAGCGUGGAUCAGCCCAACCUGGUCCCAUCCAGUUGACACUAUACGGCCGAGUUUCGUCUUCACUCAGGUUUUAUUUGCCAAGUUGCUCANACAUUACCUCGGCUUUUCUUUGCCGGUCAUGGUCCAGUAUUCGGUCAUGCAGUUUACUGGGUCCAUGACUUCCCAAGAAGCCGAGCACGGUGACGUUCACAAGGCAGUGAAAUAUAUUAUGCACACCCCCGGUUCAAAAUCCCUACCAGUUUAUACCGACCAAUGUUUCUUGUAA